AUGGACGUUGAUAUGUAAUUAAAGUUGAAAGUAGUUUUUUGUUGAAAGAGUCUAAAUUUUAUGACUUUGAUUCAAUAUUUUACAAUAGUAACCUUUCCUCUUGCUUUCGUUCACUUGGUUAUACUACUAAAAUACUCGGUUUUGUAAAACAACGAUAUAUUUUUAUGAUAAAAUACUCCAAGGCAAUAAAGGCAAUUUGCUCCCAAAACGGCAGGUGUUUGUAGUAUAUGUCAAUUGCAUAUAAGGAUUUUGAGCGAACGGAUUUAUGCUAUUGACCGAUGAUGACGAUCCAAGAAAUGAUAGUUCUUUGUGAUAAUUCGUCUGUAUGUGAACGUGGCAAACACGCAGAUCUCCGUUAGGACGAACUAUCUGUUACACUUAGACAAACGUGUGCGCGCGGUUCGUCUUAGUGGAUGAUCUGCCCAUGUCACAUGCGUGUAAAUACGGAAUUAUUUAUUAUCACGAAAAUGUCAGACAUGAUUUGUUCCAGGCCAUUUUCAGCAUAGAUCACGCUGUUCUAACUCUUUGAUCCUUGCUACCCAACAUCACAUAAUCUCUGACCAGCUCUCCUUCAUUACGUAUCCAUAUCAUCCCAACCUUGCUUCCCUCAUCUUCUCUGCAAUGUCUACCACACCACAUCCUCUUUAUUCCAUAAUAUCUCCGACCAGUUCUCCUUCAUCGUUUCUAAUUAUGUGCUCGUACCAUCUUCUUUGCUUCCCCCUAAUGUUCUCUGCAACCCCACAUCUACAUUCCAUGUCUCUAACUAGCUCUCCUUUAUUUCUUCUUAUUACUUGUCCAUAUAAUCUCAACCUUGCUUCCCUCAUCUUUUCUGUAAUGUCUAUCACUCCAUAUCUUCUGAUCUCUUCAUUCCAUAAACUCUCUGACUAGCUCUCCUUUAUCUCUUCCUAUUACGUGUCCAUGCCAUCUCAACCUUGCUUCUUUCAUUUUCUCUUCAAUGUCUACCACACCACAUCUUAGGGUUUGAUCUUUUAAUUCCAUAAAGUCUCUGACCAGCUCUCCUUCAUCUCUUCUUAUUACGCGUCCAUAUCAUCUCAACCUUGCUUCCCUCACCUUCUCUGCAAUGUCUACCACCUCACAUCUUCUUCUGAUCUUUUCAUUCCAUAAUGUCUCUGACCAGCUCUCCUUCAUCUCUUCUUAUUACGUGUCCAUACCAUCUCAACCUUGCUUCCCUCGCCUUCUCUGCAAUGUCUACCACCUCACAUCUUCUUCUGAUCUCUUCAUUCCAUAAUGUCUCUGACCAGCUCUCCUUCAUCUCUUCUUAUUACGUGUCCAUACCAUUUCAACCUUGCUUCCCUCACCUUCUCUGCAAUAUCUACCACCUCGCAUCAUCUUCUCAUCUCUUCAUUCCUCAUGGACAAAUCCUUUGGCGAAACCUUAUCAAAUGCUGACCCACUUCACCUCGAUGUAGUUUGUUUAUUUCUAAUCAAUGUUUUAAAUUAUUUUAUAGAUCCAAUUCAAUCGAAUUCGAGGAUCAACAACAACGUCUUGAACAGCAGAUCAGAGAACUCAUGAUGAAGGAUGGUGAGUGAUGCCGUUGCUCUAAUCCAUUGAGAGUUUCAUUUGAAAUCCAGUAGAUCUAUAUGACUGUUGAAGGCUCAUAUUUACAGUGGUGAUAAACUAAUGUGAUAAACUUUUACCUUUGUGACUGGGGUCUGAUUUCUGUAAAUUCAGUUGUCUUUUAAUUUCAAUCACAUGUGAGAAAAUUGCUUCCAGUUUGACUCUACGAAACACCUCAGGUUUUCCUUGGAUGCUGAAUUUUCAAAAUGAUGGGCUUACUGGGCCUCUUGGGAGAACAGUUUAGAAAUAAUAUUAGAAAUCCAGUAUAAUAGAGCUGUCCAGUAUCAAUAAAGUUAGCUUGGACUUUGGUUUAGGUUUCCUCGUGUAGUAUUAUUGGAUUAAUAAGAGAUGACUCUUACUGGACCCCUAGAAAGAAAAGUUUAGAACUGAUAGAGCUGUCCAGUAUAAAUAAAGUUAGUUUAGUUUAGGUUUCCUCCUGUAGUAAUAUUGCAUCAUUAAGAGACGAUCCUUACUGGACCUCUAGUGAGAACAGUUUAGAACUGAUAGUGCUAUCCAGUAUAAAUAAAGUUAGCUUAGUUUGGGUUUCCUCCUGUAGAAAUACUGGAUCAUUAAGAGACGACUCUUACUGGACCUCUAGGAAGAACAGUUCAGAACUGAUAGAGCUAUCCAGUAUAAAUAAAGUUAGUUUAGUUUGGUUUCGGUUUCCUCCUGUAGUAAUACUGGACCAAUAAGAGAUGACUCUUACUGGACCUCUAGGAAGAACUGUUUAACUGAUUGACCUCUCCAGUAUAAAUAAAGUUAGCUUAGAUUAGGUUUCCUCCUGUAGUUAAACAGGAUCAAUAAGAGAUGAUCUUCACUGGACCUCUAUGGAGAACAGUUUAGAACUGAUAUAGCUAUCCAGUAUAAAUAAAGUUAGUUUAGUUUAGGUUUCCUCCUGUAGUAACACUGGAUCAAUAAGAGAUGAUCUUCACUGGACCUCUAUGGAGAACAGUUUAGAACUGAUAGAGCUAUCCAGUAUAAAUAAAGUUAGUUAAAGUUUCUUUUUUAAAUUUCAGCGAGUACGGAGGAUGAUCAAAUCAAGAUUGAGCAACUGACACGGGAGCUUGUGGAUAUCGUAGAACAACGGAACAAUCUGGUAGAACUUUUGGAUCAUGACAGAAAACGGUAUUUACAUUUCUCUUCUGUUUAUCCAGUAAACUAUCAUUACAAAAAAUGCACUGAUGAAUAUCUGGCCUUACGAAUGAAUAGUCAUGAUUAUAAUUUCUUCCACAACCAAAAAAAUAAAAUUAUUAUAUUGCGUUCAUCUUGCAGCGAACAAGAAGAGGACGAACAGUUUGAAAUGAUGAUGGCGUCCAAAGGUGCGUAAAUCUUAGAUUAUGUUUACACUUUACACUAGAGCAAAAGUUUCCAGAUAAAAGUAUCCGGAUUACUUGUUUUUCAAGUAUACGGAUCCGCCAGGCGUUUACACUACACAGCCCGACACAGCGAUGCUCAAUAUAAAGUAAAUAAUUUUAACCCUCUUAGUGAUAUUAUGCGAUGUUUUCACCCUGUUUGGCGGUUGAAUUUAAUAGCAAUAAAUUUGAAAAACAUAACCAGAACAAAUUGAUUCAGAUUCUUUGCGGAAAGCCGUUUACACGAGAGUUUUCUCUGGAUUCAAAUGUUUCCGGAUACGAAGUUCUCACAAACUUUUCCGGAUUCAAAGUUUCCGGACACGGCACAAAAUCGAGAAGAUUUACCAUCGGAUUCGUCGCUGCGUGUGUAAACGACAACAUGAAUUCGGUACUAAAACGUUCCGGUUUCGUGUUGAAUCCGAAAACUUUCGCUCUAGUGUAAACGGGAUCUUAAAUGAAUCCUGUAUUACUUGUAUGUAAAGCAGAUGCCUUCCUUGUAAGAGAAAAAUUGAACCAUUUAUCAUAGUGUGUCGGAGUAUAAGCUUAUUUAUUUUCACUUAAAAAUGUGUAAGGGAAGCAGAAUUUCUAGUAACAUGAACACAUUAACCACAAAUUUAAAUGUUUUACAUUUUUUAUUAAUGUUUUACAUAUUUUCAUUCAAAAUUACCAAAAGAUCUAAGUCUCCGGUCGUUUUUGAUAACAAAAUCAGUUCAUCAGUUCUGUCCUUGUUUACGUACAUGGCAAUAACACAGGGCAUUUGUAGACUUCUUAGCUUAGGGGGCAUUUAUAAUUCCGCUUUAAUUUGGUUUAAACUGGAUGCUUUUAUUUUUUAACUGUUCUAAACUUCUAACCAGACAUUCUUGUUUUGUUUUAGGAUUUGUUUUGCCUUCAUGA